AUGGCAUUAUCACAUUCAAAGGCCGAGCAAGCUUCAAUUUUCUGGACUCUAUUUUUGGUUAUUCAGAUUUUACAAGUGUGUUCAGACUCGGAGCCUGCAGUUUCUCACUCAAGAGUAGAGUUUCUUCCAGGAUUUCAAGGACCCCUUCCUUUUCAACUCGAAACCGGGUAUGUAGGGGUGGAUGAAUCAGAAGAUGUCCAACUCUUCUAUUACUUUGUGAAGUCGGAGACAAAUCCUAAAGAGGACCCUCUCAUUCUUUGGCUCAACGGAGGCCCCGGCUGCUCUGCGUUAAGUGGAGUCGUCUACGAAAUAGGUCCGCUGUAUUUCGAGGCAGUGGAGUAUAAUGGGGGCUUGCCCACGUUGGUGUCAAAUGCAAACUCAUGGACCAAGGUGGCGAGCAUAAUUUUUGUAGAUUUGCCUGUUGGUAGUGGAUUCUCCUAUGGAAGGACUCCACUUGCUUCUCAGUCUACAGACAUUCAAUCAAUCCACCAAGCCUAUGAAUUUCUAAGAAAGUGGCUGAUUGAUCAUCCCGAGUUCUUUUCAAACCCAUUCUAUGUGGGGGGAGAAUCGUACACAGGAAGAACUGUUCCAAUUGUCACUCAACUGAUUUCAAAUGGAAAUGAAGCAGGCAUUGAACCAUUUGUUAAUCUCCAGGGAUACAUACUUGGAAACGCUGCAACAUUUCCGUCUGAAAACAAUUUUAAAAUCCCAUUUGCUCAUGGAAUGGGACUUAUUUCGGAAGAACUCUACGAGUCACUUAAGAGGAGUUGUGGAGGAAAGUAUUUUAAUGCAGAUCCAAGCAAUAAAGAGUGUAUGCGAUUUGUUGAAGCUUUUGAUCAGUGUACUGGUGGAAUUAAUACUUAUCAUAUUUUGGAACCCAACUGUGGUACCGAUUCCCCAAGGCUGCACGAAUGGUUUGGUAGGAGGAGAUCUCUUGAUGAGAGAAUCAUAGAGCUCCACAAUCCUAAAUCAUCCGUGUCCGCAUUUUACUGUCGUAUUGAUGGAUAUAAGCUUUCUUAUCAUUGGUGUAAUGAUAAAAAUGUCCAAGAAGCACUCCAUAUCCAAAAGGGGAGCAUAGGGGAAUGGGAGAGGUGCGCCUCUAAUUUACCAUAUGAGCAAACUCUGAUCGGAGACAGUAUACCUUAUCACAUAAAUCUCAGCACUAAAGGUUAUCGGUCUUUGAUAUACAGCGGUGAUCACGACAUGAUUAUUCCAUUCCAGUCCACACAAGCAUGGAUAAGAUCUCUAAACUACCCAGUUAUUGAAGAAUGGCGAUCUUGGUUAUUCAAUGGCCAAAUUGCCGGGGAGGAGGCCACACAGCUCCAGAGUAUAAACCCGAAGAAUGUGCAGCUAUGUUCAAAAGGUGGAUAUCUCAUGAACCUCUGUAAUCAAUCUCAAGCUCGAAGUUCAGAGUAUUGCAACAGAUAG